ACAUCAAACUUCAAGAUGGAAGAGAGCGACUUCAGCGAGGGCAAUGACGCUGGCGACGAUGCCCAAGAGGAGUACCUCGACCCCAGCAACCCCGAGCACGCUUUCGCCAUCCUGGAACGCGACUUCAACAAGACAGUCGCCGAAAUCGAGCAACACCCCGAAGCCUCCCACUAUGCCGAAGACUUCCACAGACUCUUCGAACAGUUCUACACCUCCUACCAGAAAUGCAAGGACCUGGAGGAAAAAGGCUCCCUCCUCACCAAAGAACUGGACGAAAAAACCACAAUCAUUGAAACGGCCAACAAACUGGCCGAUUUGGACAAGGGCACCAUCACCGACCUCAAAACGCAGAUUGAACACGCGUGGAGGUUGGCGGAUGCUGCGCAUGCGCGAGAACAAGCUGCGCAAGAAGCUAUAGAUAAUCUGCGCAAGCAAAUCGAAAGUUUGAACGCGGAAAUUGAGUUUAGGAACAAGAUGGGCGAAGACACCUCCGAGGAAAUGGGCCAAUUGAGCAAGCACAAGGAGGGUUUAGAGCGCGAAAACGAGAAACUUCUAGGGGAGGUGUCCCAUUUAACCCAAAAACUGAACAACGCCCUCGAGUACCAGAACGAACUCGAGCGGAAAACCUCCAUGGGCGAUAUGAAAAUCAGCGAACUCGCGGGCCAACUUGAGGACCAAGUGAACGAAACCGAGAAAUUUAAACGCAUCAGAGACAAAUUAGAGAGUGACAUAACCGAACUCAACUUCCGAAUCGAAGACAGAGACACUCACGUGUCCAAUCUAAACGCCGUAAUCGCCUCCCAUUUGAAGUCAAUCGGAAAACUCGAAGAGAAAAUCAAAGAAGAAAAAGUCGCGCGAGAGAAAAUUAACAAAGAUUAUGAGACGGUUUCCACGAAAUACGCCAAAUUACAGGAGGAUUUCAAUGCCAAACACCACACUUUGGAACAGCUGCAAAAGAGCUACAACAAGAAGUUGACCGAUAUUAAGACUUUUGAGGACGAUUUGGCGCAUUUGAGGGCCGAUUUCGCCAAAGUCACCAAACAGAAGGAGAUUUUCGAGAAGCGGAUGUACUUAUUAGAGGGCGAAAAAACGGAAAUGGUAGCUGAUCGAAACCAAUUGAGACAACGCAUAGCAAUCUUUGAGAAAGAAAUCGACGACUUGAAACGCCAAAACGAGAAUACGAAACGAGUGAAUGAGAAUAUCACCCGCGAGAAGGAUAUUAUAUCCAAGAGCGUUGCCCGAUACGAAGCGGUCAACAAGGACCAACACAAACUGAUCAAGAUCCAGGAACAAGGCAAGAAAAAGCUUGAAGCCGAACUCGACAAUUUCAUCAUCGAGACCAACAAACAAGCCAAACAGAUCGUAACUCUUGAACGACAAAAAAACAGUCUUGCUGAAGAACAGUUAAACCUGACGAAGAAAAUUGAAGAUAGUAUGGACGAAAUCAAGUUGAAGAAAGCCGAGAUUUAUGACUUGAAGAAGAAUAUCAGUGAGGCGGAAAACCGGUUAAGGAUGCAGCAAAAUCUCUACGACCAAGUCAGGUCCGAGCGAAACGCUCUGGAGAAGUCGCUGCAAGAGUCGAACGCUGAGAGUGGCGAAUUGAAGAAGAAACUGAAGAUUACUAACCACCAAAUCGAGCAGUUGAAAGAGGACGUGACCACGAAGGAGCAACUCUUGAUCAAAGAAGAGAACAUCAUGAGAAAGGUGCAAAAGGAGAAGGAGAACUUGAAAGUUGAGUUGAACCAAGCCUUCGAACAAGUCAAGAAUUUGAAGGAGAGUAUUUCGGAGAAGGACGCGGAGGAGAAGCGUUUGCACAAGCAAAUCAUGGAUAAUGAGAAAUUGAUUCGGGAACAAGCCAAGGAUUUGGAACAGUUGAUGAACGAAAGGGACAUUUUGGGGUCACAGUUGGUGCGGAGGAACGAUGAAAUUGCCUUGUUGCACGAGAAGAUCCUGAUUUUGCAAGCGACUCUUCAGAGAGGUGAGUCCCAGUACGCCCAAAGACUGGAAGACAUCCGUUUGUUGAAGAUUGAGAUCAAGCGACUCAGACAGGAGCACAGUCUCCUCUCGAAGAACAUCAAGAAUUCGAUUGAUUUGAAGCAGGAGGUGUUCCACUUGGAGCGCGAUUUGAUGAAGUGGCGUUUGAAAUGUCGUGCCCUUGAGGAGGAGUUGCAAAACCCGAUGAACAUCCAUAGAUGGAGGAAACUCGAAGGUUCCGAUCCGGAAUUGCUCGAUGUCUUACAAAAAGUUCAAAUAUUGCAAAAACGUUUGAUUAAGCAAUCCUCGGAGGCGAUUGAAAGAGAACGUCAGUUGAAAGAAGCGGAAAAAUUGUACUUGAGUUUGAAGCAAGUUUUGGCCAAGCAGCCGGGCCCGGGAAUCCGGGAGGAGUUGACAAAGACACAGAAGGCGUUGAAGAGUCGUGGGGACCAGUUGAAGUGUUUGGUUUCUGAGUUGAAUAUGGCCGAGCUGCAGGCGAAGGAGUACAAAUCGGACUUGCAAAGAGUCACCGAGGAACUCAACGAGUUGAAAAAGAAAUACAUAGCGGAGAAAAAAUCGCAAAGAUUACAAAAACUCGCACAUGAGUCUAGCCGAGAGGUGAACCAAAACGGCGCUCAAGUGAAAUAUACCGGUGGUGGGUUCCGGAUGUCGGUGCAAAGUAUCUCGUCUUUUAACUGA